AUGAAGACUCUCAUCGUCGGAGGAACUGGCCUAAUUGGCGGCCAUGCUGCUCUACACCUACGUUCCCUCGGCCACAGCGUCACCAUCUCGGGCCGCACGAAGCCGCAGACACCGUCGCCUCUGGCCGACUUUCCCUUGCUUCUGGGCAACUACCUAAACGCCGACAUCACCAAGGAGCAGCUGUCUGCCUUUGAUACGGUCAUAUUCGCGGCGGGUGCCGAUAUUCGACACAUCCCUGCGAGCGAAAAGGACCACGACGCCUUCCUGCUCCGCACCAACGGCCAGGCCGUGCCCGCCUUUGCCGCGCUGGCGCGAGACGCCGGCGUCGCGCAGUUCAUCCAUAUAGGCAGCUACUACUGGCACGCGGAGCCCGCACUCGUCGACACCAACACGUACAUGCGGUCGCGCAAGCUCGAGUCCGAGGGCGUCGUCGCGAUGGCGCGGCCGGGGUUCGCGGCGACGAGCCUGUGCCCGCCGUUUCUCGUGGGUGACAUCUCGCCAACUGUCGCGUCGCCGUUUGCGGGUGAGCUCGUACAGUACUUUCAGGGCAGGCUCGACCUCGCCGAGUCGGCGCCACCAGGCGGCGUGGCCUUUUUGACGCUCAGGUCGCUCUCGCAGGCGAUUGCAGGUGCCAUUGCGAAUCGUGAGGCCGUCUCGGGCAAGGUUCUGGCCAUUGGUGACGAGAAUCUGACGUGGGCGCAGUACCUCGACUACUUUCGUCGGGCGCUCGGCUUGGGCGAGGAGGAGCUUCCGCUAGUCGAGGACCAUCCGCUGAUUCCCAAGGCGGCCCGCAUGGGUGGUGAUAAGAAUGUGUUCCUGGAGACAACGCAAGAGGCGCAGGCACUGCUGGGAAACUACACACGCAAUGACGUCUAUAAUGCAGUCAAAGAAUUGGUGGCAAAUCGCGUCUAA